AUGCUGAGAGCACUGCGCGGAGCAGCCGAUCUCCUUUCGACGGCUCUUUACAAGAACGAGUUCACAAUGAGCAAGCGGUGAGUUUUCAUGAACAUUAAUUAUUAAUUCAUUUGCAAACCGUGCUCUUACAGAUUCCUUUCGACUGCGGUUCCAGAAGUGAAACCAGAAGCGGAAGCGGAGAAGGCUCCCGAACCAGCUCAAGGAGACGAGGGAGUGCCGAGCAAAGAGGAACGGCUCACUCAACCGUACUCCCGAGAAGCGAUUUCAAAGCUGAAACUCGAUCAGUAUCCAUUGUGAGUCCAUCAACGCCGCCUUUUCACUUUUCUCUGCUUCUUUAGGUAUGUGGAGAGAGAAUGGUGGAAAUACGGAAAGAGAAUGACAUUCUGGGCGACUUGGCGUCAGUUGAGAGACGUCAAAAGACGGAAACAGAUCCAGGUGAGUCGACGAGGAAAAAGGGUCCACUUUAAGCCCUGCUAUAUUUCAGGAAGUGGGUGCCGAUCGAAUGCGUCUCAAAGCCCUCAAGUUUAACACUAUUCUACCGCAAGCGAUUCGCGACGAAGCAGCCGACAAAAUGACGAACGCCCGCAGAUACGACCAUCCCCGCCUCAUUCUGAACAUGUGUCAGUUCACCGGUAGACAGCGUGGAAAGAUCAAGCCGUUCCGUCUCAACAGACAUCUUUUCCGUCGCGCCGCCGAUCGAUCGGCUCUCAGCGGAGUGCAGAGAGCCAUGUGGUAA